ACCCCCCUCAGCUCUUACCAUCUGGAGGUAAUCCUGAAGAGGCGAAGGCAGCAGACCGAAGCACUCAGUUCAUCCCCAGACCCCAAACCCUGUACAUGGUCCCUUAAAGUGCAGAGAGCGACCCGUUCCCUCCAUUGGCUGCCCCACUGAACAAUAGGGCAAGAUGGCACGGGAUAUGUCCGAUAAGGAAAUCCUUAAAAUGGAGUUGGAACAACUUCAGAAGGAGGUGAAGAACACCAGAGAGCCUGUUUCUAAAACCGCAAAGGAGAUUUGUGAGUGGGUAGAGGCCCAAUCUGCAGAAGAUCCCCUCAUAAAAGGAGUUCCUGAGGACAAAAACCCCUUCAAGGAGAAGGGUGGCUGCAUAAUAACUUAGCACAUGUGAUUUCUUGUGGCAAAAUUAUAUGAGGAUGUUUUACUUUGUGCAAAUGAGCUGUUUAGCAGUCUGUUAUCCAAACCUGAAUGAGGAGUGAGCACAUUGUGCUUAGCAUUAGCAUCUCCACUAGACACCAUAGAGACGGCAAGACUUGAACAAAUACUUGACCUUACAGAGUCAAAAACCAAUAUUGGUUUUGGCUGUGUGUAAGCGACCUACUCUUAUACUGAUGAAAGGCAGCCCUCUUGAAGCAAACUCUUUGUAAAUAAAACAAGUAACUUCAUAACUAAACUACUGUAAAUCCAUUCUUGUUCCAUCUCUCAUCAUUCCAUCUUCAAAAAAAUAAAGUCGUGUUCAGAAAGCACACACAAAAAUGA